ACACAACUCAAAUGUACACCUCCACGUCCUGUACUCGGCUCUUGAGACAAUUCAUCCACCAUAUCGGUCAUAAUAACUCUUGUAGACCUCAUUAUCGUCUUUUGCAUCAAUUCGUUCAAUACCCUAGAACCGUUUCGAAUCCUACUACCCUAAUACACCAUCGCUUACCAAGGAAUUCUCUUCGAACGUUCUCAAGCAGUAAUGUUGUCCGAGCAUCUUUAGCAUCGCAUCCUCCGGGACAACCAACGGAACUGGUGUAUUAUCCAACACCGUCAUCACUUCCACCACCGGAGGAUCCCGAUGAUCCCGACGUAGAUUUGGUGGAACCAGAAGAGGCCAGGAUAGAAAUGACUGAGCGAGCCGCAGAACAACUACGUUCCAUUGCCAAACGACAAGGAAAUUCCAAUGCGGCGUUGCGAAUAGCAGUCGAGAGCGGUGGAUGUCAUGGGUACCAGUACAAGAUGGAACUUGCGACCAAACGAAAUCCCGACGACUAUCACUUCUCACAUCCUUCCGUGAGACCUUCGAACAUUGUCAUUGAUGCUGUAUCUAUGUCCCUCUUAAAGGGUGCGGUGGUAGACUACGCGACUGAGCUCAUAGGAAGCAGCUUCCGCAUAUUGGAUAAUCCACAGGCGAAAGGCAGUGGAUGUGGAUGUGGUGUUAGUUGGGAACUCAAGAUAUAAACGUCAAUCGCCCGACGACUGAACAUUAAUACUCUAAUUUAUUGGGUUAUGACCACCCGUGCAUAUCACAGACAAUACUUUGUAGCUAUAACAUUUCACUUCUCGAUUCGUCAUGUUGCGUUCAUGAUGAUCUAGCUCAUCGUUCCCCUACCAGGCUACGACGUAUCUCAGUUUCUCCAUGUGUCCCAAGUUCUGUCAAGGCGCCCGGGCUUAGUUGGAUUACACUCAGCACCUUCAGCCAAUGAGCACCUUCUUAUUACAACUCGACUCAAGCCUUCGAUGACGCGUCUUCACGGCGUUCAUCCAAGGCGACAAUCACCAGCCCACCGUCAUCUUGAUGAU